AUGGCGCCUCUCUCCUCGGACUUCUUCCCGAACAGCGAGUGGCUCCUGACCCAGCACCGUGACACACUGGCCUCGAUGGUCGGCCAUCCGCAGCUGCUUCACUUCACAGCCCUCGUCGACGGCGAGUCAAUUGCCCGUACCCGUGUGGCUCUCAUUGAGCGCAUGGUGCAGCCCUGUGGCCCGCCCCAGCGCCCGGCCGACGACCCGGAGGAGGUGAGAGCCGUUCUGGAGCUGGCCGCCGCCAAGGCUGCCAUGGAGGUCGACUCGCAGCCGUCGACCAUGGUCCCGGAAGAAGAGGAUGCCACUGAGUGA